AUGUCGAGUCUGCGUCCGGGAUCCAACAAUCAUGCUGGCCUAAACUUCCCCCAGGCCAGUAUUCGCCGCAAUCCAUAUCCUCCUCCCCAUCCAGGCCAGCAGAACAAACAAUCACCUGCGCCUCACUCCGCGUCUCCUUAUCAGACACAGGCAUAUCAGCCUCAGCAGCCGCCUACCGGAUAUCCUCAGCACCUUUUCUCGAACCCAACGCAUGUGAAUGGUAGUCUCUCCAAUGGCUCCUCACGCUCUUCGACCUCGCACAUGCCCAAUGCUGUGCCGAGCCCGCUUGAUGUUUCUAACCCUCGAGGAGUUCCACAGCCACGCUCUCAGAUGAUGUUUCCUACGUUGCAACAGGUUGUGCCUAAUCAGCUACACCAUCCUCAGCAGCAACAGCAGAUGCAUCCUCAGCAUUUGAGUCAUCCUUCUCACCCUCUUAACCAGCCUCGGCAGACCCUCCACCAGCACCACGCUCAGCAGUCUCCCCAGCAGAGGCCUCAGUCUCAGCAAGCCCAGCCGACGCCAAAGCUUGGGCAAGUUCAAGUUAAGCCACAGGCCCCUUCGCCUCCCCUCUCCCAACAGUCGAGUCAGCAGCAGGCCCAAUCGCAUCAGCAGCUCCAACAACAGCUUCAGCAGCAGCAACAACAGCACCACCUGCAACAACAGCAGCAGUUGCAACAGCAACAACACCAGCAACAACUUCAGCAGCAGCAACAGCAGCAACAACAACAGCAGCUGCAGCAGCAGCACCAGCAGCAGCAAGCGCAUCAGCAGGUUCAUCCACAGCAGCAGCAGGCUCAACAACAACAACAGCAGCAGCAUCAACAGCACCCGCAGCAAGCUCAGCUACACUCGCAGCAACAGCAACAGCAACAGCUUCGUACCCCUCAACAGGAGCAGCAGCAGCUUCAGCAUCCACAACAUGAACAGCCAAGAGCUCAGUCACAUCAGCAGUCAGCGCCUCGUCAGCAAAAGCAGCAGAAGCAACGUGACCAACAAAGGGAACAACAGAGAGAUCAGCAGGCCCAGCAACAGCAACUCCAACAGCAGCAAGCUCAACAACAGGCCCAGCAGCAAGCCCAGCAGCAGGCUCAGCAGCAGGCUCAGCAGCAGGCUCAGCAACAGGCCCAGCAACAGGCCCAGCAGCAGGCCCAACAACAGCAAAAGCAACAGCCUCUUCCGGCAGAGCCUGUCCAGCAGCAACAGACACAGCCACAACAGCAGAAGCCAGAUGCGACUGGGGACGAAUCGAUGGACAUUGACAGCCAUGCAAAUGGCGAGGAGACCGGAGGUUUAGACAUGAAGCUUCUUGCUGACCCUAACUACAUCCCUACACAGCCACUGGGCGAGAUGAUGUCUCCGCCCCCAGAAGGUGGAAGUUAUCCAACUCUUGAGGCUGUCCAGAAAGCCGUUCUUCGUUACUGCACUUCUGUCGGCUAUGCUAUCGUCAUUGGUCGUUCCAAAAAGACAGUGCCUGGAUUAAAGAAGGUUCUUUUCGUUUGUGAUCGUGCUGGCAAACCACCAAGCCGCGUCAGCCCCGAGUGUCGAAAACGCAAGACUUCAUCCCGAAAGUGCGACUGCCCAUUUGGCUUCUUUGCUAUCGAGCAGCGAACUCAGUGGACAAUUCGAUAUCGCCCAGACCCUGCUCAUCUUCAGCAUAACCAUGGACCGAGCGAGAGUCCUUCACAUCACCCAGCUGCGCGCAAGCUUGAUAGUAAGAUGGUCGCCGCUGUCAAACAACUUAAGGAAAACGGCGCUGGCGUCUCGGAGACGCUGCAGAUACUGCAGACCGAGAACCCGGACUGUCAUCUUCUGCCACGUGAUAUAUACAACGCUCGUGCGGCUAUCAAUCGCAACCCUCAAAAGGUUGCUACGGGCUUGGCUGAGAACAGACCAGCCAUAUAUAGCAAACCCCACCAAUCUCCCGAAGACCGCAUACGCGCAGAGUUGAGGCGAGAAAUCGCCAAGGCUCGCGAAGAUAUGCAAAAAAUGGAAGAGGAAAAGGAUAAGGAGAUUAAUGAACUAAAAGAAAAACUCGUGGAGAAAGAAGGCAUCAUCAAGAAAUUUGAGGAGUUCAUCGACAUUUGCAACGAGCGGGUCAUGUUUCAACGUCAGCGACUUGCGGGAAGCAACAGCAAUGGGGCGAAUCAACCUCAAGUCUAA